GGUGUGACAAAAGUUAUUAAAUUAAACUUCUGGAUUGCUAUCAGGUGAAAAUGUGAAGAGUUGCCCAAGUGGCUCUAUWUUUGUACCGAGACAAACCACAAAAUGUUAAAGACACAAAGAUGUAGGUCCUGAACAUUUAUGCAUGUUUAUUCAGAUCUUGAUGUUAUGCCUCUCCUCUAUCAGCUACGUUCACCCUUUAAUCUCAAUGAUUGUGAGGCUGAACAGUCAGCAUGUCUCUCAAAUGUUGCAGGAAAUCAUAGCCUCGUACAGAAGCUUCCUCCCAAACAGAAGCAUAUCAGUUUGUUUUACUCCUUCUCCACUUUCUGUACUAGAUCCAGAUCCAUUAAUGCUCCUGGACACUGGACAAGCUGUGAGUUGAGGUAUAAUAUCACAUGUGUUAAAGCUGCUGUCAGUAUCGCUAUCACUGAUAAUCACAGUCCUGGCCAUGUCCCUGCCAGUCAUAAAUAUAAGGAGGUACAAACAAGAUUAAUCAGGGUUUAACAGAGAAGAACACGCUCCAGUCUGARACGGUCCUCUAAGCAGAACCAUGACUGUUUUAAGGACAUCAGAGUUGGGUCUGCUGGCAGUCAUCUGAUGUCCAUCACUAUGACUGUUUUGUCUCUGAUGCCUGGCUUUCUAGUGCUUCUGGCUCUCUGUAACCAGCUAGUGGGAGCAAGCAGAUCAGAAGAGAUUGAAGAUCUGGGUUCUCACCUUAGACGUCUCUGGCUGCUGCACAUGAGAGAAGUCCUGCUAAAAGGUCUGAGUUCCAGUCCUCUCAGAAAAACAGUGAAACAUCAGCUGCUCUACUGCCGAGCUGGGAUUGGUUUCCACCUCCAGAUUUUACCAGAUGGCUCUGUGGAAGGUGUACACAGACCUACUCAGUACUGUUGGCUGACACUGUUUUCYAUGAACCGUGGAGUGGUAGGAAUCAAAGGGGUCCAGAGUGGUUUAUACCUUUGUAUGGAUGAGGAUGGACUGGCAUAUGGAGAGGUGGAGUUUUCUGAUGAAUGUCUGUUCAAGGAGAACUUACUGGAAAAUCAUUACACAACCUACUCAUCUCUCUCUUACCCAGGAAACUACCUGGCUAUUUCUCGCAAAGGACACCUCAAGAGAGGAAGCACUGUUAGCCCAUACCAYUUAUCAACCCACUUCUUACCACGAAGGACACUGUAAUGAGACACUGAGCUUCCUGAACAAAUAUGAGCUUACAGUAUAUGACUGCCAUUUUUCACCUUCAGUUUGUGAAAAUUAUCGCAGACCAGAAACUGGAUUCAACACAUCCAAUUUAUGUAUUUAAUAGAUUUAUUUUGUUACAUAGAGCUAGUCUCUUCCAAAUGAUGGGGAUUAAUGAAAAGAUGACCAAGAUACAAUGAUAGAAAUGCUGAAUGGUGCCAGGGAAACUGCUCCCUAAAAUUUCAUCCACUUUUUUAUUUAAGUCGAAAAUGUAAUUUGGGACUUCCUUUUGCAAUAAUAUAAGCUGACACAAAGCCAACAUUUUUAUAUAGAAACUGUAGAAGAAAUUGAAAUAGAAUCAAAAUCAUAGAAAUAUCAAAGCUGCUAAAAAAUAAUUAAAAUAACAAAGUAUUGAGCUCAGAUACAAUGAAGGUCAAUGAGAGUUUGGAUGGGCACAAACUACGCUCUUCCUCCUAUAGCAGUGAAAUACAAAGUGGAUAAAAGAAGAUAAAAAACUGUUUAAAAGAAGUGUAAAGAAAUCUUUGCAAAUCAAUAAAGUCAAUGAACUUCAACUGAGGUAUAAAAGCUGUUAAAGAUGUCUAAAUGCCCAUUCAGUCAUUUGAUGUCCAUGGCACCAGUGCUUAGUACUGCAGUUUUGUAAUCCUUAAGAUGAGGACACCUAACACCAGAAAGAGCAAAUAAUUGCUAAAUAUUUUUAUUGUGUUGUUUUACUGUGGAGAGCCCAGCAUAAAGGAGCAGCCAAAACAAGAAGACGUGUAAUAUUCAACUUUCUGUGACCUAUUUCACUUUGGACAGAUACUCUAUUUCUGCUGUGGAAUCUGAGCUGUGUUUCUCCAAACAAAGCUGGAUUUUCUCAUUUCA